AUGGAGAUGGUGGCCACUGCUACGGUACAAAGCGAAGUGCGAAGGCUUGAGUAUCUCAAAGCCUCCACUACCAGCAGGAAAAAGAACAAAACAACCUUCAACAUUUCUUCUCGCUGCAGCUGCUAUCACUCGUUGGAUGGGCCGUUACCGGCACCAUCAGAUGGUGCCGGUGAUGAUCUUACUCUUUCAAAUUUCCGAAGACUACAUGUAACAGUCGGGCUACCACUAGCUAGCACCACGGCUCAGCCCUCUAUUCCUGCUCCCAGCCAGGGGCAACCAAUGAUGCGAAGACUUGAAACUCUAACAGCCACCCCACUCCAGAGUCCGGUACGGUUCUAG